AAAAAAAAAAAAAAAUUUCCUGUUAAUGUACAAAAAAAAAUGUCCAAAACGACGCCAAGAGUGUCGCUUUCCUCCUUAUCCAAAAUCCUCCCUUCAAUCUUGACGACACUUCUCCAGUUUUGAAACCUGGAGAACACUUACAAUCGCAAAGUUGAGGUCCAUCCAUGGCGAUACUUCGUCUUCUAUGCUUUCCAUCAACAACUAUCUUCUCCACCCAACAAUUACUCUCACCAACGCCCUCUCCGUCAUCCCUUCACAAACCUCCACAAGCCAAUAAUUCUUUCUUUCCUCCACCUCUUCUUCUCUCUGUCCCCUCUUUCUCUCCUCUUUCACACACCCUUCCCCUCAAAUCCCAAAAACCCAAUUUUUUCUUUCAUCUCUUAUCUUCAUCCCAAGCACAAGCCACCAUUGAAACACCAGAACUUGAACAAUCAGAGCCCAAAGAAGGAGGAGGAGUAGAAGAAGUAGAACAGGAACAAGAAGAAGAUGAGUCUUCUCGAACUAGAGUGCUUGCCCAGAAUGUACCCUGGAGUAGUACACCCGAUGACCUGCGUCCUCUAUUUCAGAAGUACGGGACUGUUGUAGACAUUGAGCUGUCAAUGUUCAACAAGACUAGAAACAGAGGUUUAGCAUUUGUUACAAUGGGUUCACACGAGGAAGCUCUGGCAGCGAUCAAUAACCUGGAAGCGUAUGAAUUAGAGGGUCGAGUUUUGAAGCUCGAAUGGGCUAGACCAAAAAAGAAGAAACCUUCUUCUCCAACACGACCCAAGCCAGUACCAAUACACAAUUUGUUUGUAGCCAAUUUGCCAUUCCAGGCAAGGGCCAAUGACCUUAAGGAGUUUUUUAAUGCUGAGAAUGCUAAUGUUGUUUCGGCGGAAAUCAUAUUCCUUGAUAAUCCAAGACGGUCUGCUGGAUAUGGAUUUGUUUCCUUUAACAGUAAGGAAGAGGCUGAAUCAACACUCUCUGCUUUUCAAGGGAAGGAGUUUAUGGGAAGACAAAUUCGAGUGGCACGUAGCAAAAGAUUUUUGAGACAAGGAACUAAAGCAAAUAUCGAAUCUGAAAUUAACUUAAGCAAGUCAAGCCCUGAGGACGGAUCAGAGAGAACUUGAAGCUCAAUAACUUAGAGGCCGUGAGGUUCACAUUUCUUCACUUUGUUUUAGUUUCACAUUACGUAUUGUCACUUGAUUCAAUUUUUGUUAAUCAAAACUUAUAUUAAUGCUCAAAUGGCUUGAGUUCUGUUGCCUCUUGCUUAAUCAAACAGGAAUAUGAUGUUUCAAAGCUAAAAAGAUGUAAUACACAUCAAUAUGGCACACUAAACUGAGGGCAAAAGGGCUAGGCUCUCUAAAAUUUAAGCAGUGCAUCAAGUGAAUGAAAAUGUCCUGUUAUAACUGGUUGGUAUUCGAGUCUCUUACAAGUACCCGUGUAAUUCUCUGGGGAUAUGUAGUCCCCGUUGCAUAUGCUUCAGCAACCAGCUCCAGAUAAUGGCCCCAAGGGAGACUUGAAUUAAGGACUUCCAACUCUCAAUUAGGGUUCCUUCUAAUAGUGUCUAGACUUUCAAAAAUUUGAAGACAUGCCAAGUCAUAAGAAAUGUCUAAUAGACAAGUACCCUUAUAGCUUCUCUUGUUACUUUAAAACUUUACUCUUAGGAAACAUUACUUUAAUAUUGUUGAUGUCAGAUUCUAUUAGUUGGAUAGGUGCCACAAAUAAUAUGGCCUGAACAGGUUUAAUAUGUAUUUGUCCUUACAAAUUUUCUUGGUGGAUGAAGAUGACAACAAAUUUAGCCUUUGCGAGUUUGCUCAGAUAGACCAAUUUCUACAGCAUAAGGAAUCCACAAUUACUGACAGUUGAUCCCACUUAUGUAGGGUAGACCAGUCUCAACCUAACCGAUUGCAGGUUUUGUGCAAUCUAACUUAACUAUCCUAUGCCUCGAACCAGAAGGAUUGCACUUCUAUCUCCUACACAUUUAUCUUUACAUUUGGCUGUAUGUUGCAAUCACUUUUUCACAGAAGUAAAGCAUAUAAGUCAGCAAUUUUCGGAAAAUCCCCGUGACAAAAAAUGAAAUUAAGUGAGCGAAACGUUCCCUCAAUGCGUUCUCUACUAGGAAGUACGGAUACUCGCCGGGGGGUCGUCGUGGCAAUGUUGGACACGUUUUCGACAUGGAUACGCAAAGGACACGACCAGGCACGUGUCUGACACUUGUAAAAGUGUCCUAUACAGUAAAUUUGAAUUUUUUUAGUCGGAUACGUGGGGAUACUGGAGGGACACGGCAGGAUACGACGGGGUACUUUUGUUAUUUUAAAAACUUAGAGGGCUGAAACGAAAAAAAAAUGUCAAAGUUACGUUAUUUGGCUUAAAAAAGAAAAAAUAAAAGGGAAAAGGGAAAAAACAAAGUUGAAGCUUCGACACUUCAAUGUGUUUGCGAGAGAGAGAGAGAGAGAGAAGAGAAGAACGAGCUCGAGAGGACCAAAAGAGGAGAAGAAGG